CCGGAGCACCAACAACUGAUUGUUGAUGCUGGAGCUUUGCCUCAUCUUGUUAAUCUGCUGAAGAGGCACAGAGAUGCUCAGAACUCUCGAGCAGUCAACGGUGUUAUUCGGAGGGCAGCUGAUGCAGUCACGAAUCUUGCUCAUGAAAACAGUAGCAUCAAAACUCGUGUUAGGAUAGAAGGCGGUAUCCCACCACUUGUUGAGUUGCUUGAGUUUGUUGAUUCAAAGGUGCAGAGAGCAGCUGCAGGAUCCUUACGAACGUUAGCAUUUAAGAAUGAUGAGAAUAAAAAUCAGAUAGUGGAAUGCAGUGCACUCCCUACGCUUAUACUGAUGCUUCGGUCUGAAGAUACUGCUAUACACUAUGAAGCAGUUGGAGUCAUUGGAAAUCUAGUGCAUUCAUCACCGAAUAUCAAGAAAGAAGUUCUUCUUGCAGGAGCUUUACAACCUGUAAUUGGGUUGCUUAGUUCCUCCUGUUCAGAGAGCCAAAGGGAAGCUGCUUUACUGCUAGGACAAUUUGCAGCAACCGAUUCAGAUUGUAAGAUUCAUAUUGUUCAAAGAGGUGCAGUUCCACCACUAAUUGAGAUGCUACAAUCUCCAGAUGCUCAACUUAGGGAAAUGUCAGCCUUUGCCCUAGGAAGGUUGGCACAGUGGUUACAUGAUGUUCAGGAUGCACACAAUCAGGCUGGUAUUGCUCACUGUGGUGGAAUUAUCCCAUUGUUGAAGCUCCUUGAUUCAAAAAAUGGAUCAUUGCAACAUAAUGCUGCAUUUGCUCUUUAUGGGCUUGCUGAUAAUGAGGAUAAUGUUGCUGAUCUUAUAAAGGUCGGUGGUGUUCAAAAGCUUCAUGAUGGAGAAUUUAUCGUCCAACCAACUAGAGAUUGUGUGGCGAAGACAUUGAAGAGAUUAGAAGAAAAGAUCCAUGGUCGAAUAUUGGGUCAUUUGUUAUAUUUGAUGCGCAUUGGGGAGAAGGUUAUUCAGAGACGAGUUGCUUUAGCCCUGGCCCAUCUUUGCUUGCCAGACGACCAAAAAACUAUUUUCAUUGAUAACAAUGGAUUAGAGUUGCUUUUGGAGCUCCUUGAAUCAACAAACUUGAAACACCAAAGAGAUGGCUCUGUAGCUUUAUGCAAAUUAGCUAACAAAGCUAGCUCACUCUCACAAGUCGAUGCUGCUCCUCCAUCCCCAGUGCCUCAG